UAAACUUUUACGCGUCGUCCACGCGCAUCCUACGAGAGCGACAAACGUGGUCCAAAAAGCAAGCAUCUUAUGAUUGAUAUACUUCUAGUUUAACAUACGCAACAGAAUAUAGUUAACUAAAUUUAGUGAUAACUUCUCCGUUUUCAUCAACUGUCGACUCGAUUAGACACGUCGCAGACCGAGCUUGGGGGGGGGACUAUGUUUAAUGAGGACGAAGACUGGAAUGACGCCGCCGACGUCCUCAGUCAAAGUGUUGUGAAAAAUAAGCCAGACAGCAAGAGCCCCAAUGUAAAGUCCAAACAUGUGGGAAAGAAGAGCCUCCUGCGAACGCUGCAGAGGUUGGAAUCCAUACCAGACUGGAAGGACGACGAGCGUCAGCCUGACAGCGACAGCGACCUCGAAGCCGCUGCGCCGCACACCAAGAAGAAGAAGAAGAAAAAGAGGAGGAAGAGGACGAAACAAUCCAGUACGACAACAGAAGAGCAGGAGAACAACAUUGAGGUUAAGGAAGACAAAAGUGUAACCAAGAAGAACAAAGUGGAAAAGAAAAUAGAAAUAACGCAAAGAUGUCUUUGGGCACCGGCAGGUGAGACGGAGGACAAAGAAGCGGUGCAGAAGUCGGCCAGCGAUGCCCUGAAAUUCAACAGGCAGCAGUGGAAAAACAAAAUGAAGAACAAGAGGAAAUGUAAAAAUAAAUACCAGCAGAUCAAAGCUCAAAAGGAAGGGGAGAAGGACGAGGGCAAACCUCCGGCGACGAGGUGCGCGCCUGUCACUGGGGGCAAACCAGUGCAAGCGCCGGACAAGAAAACGCUGCCGCAGAAAAGGAACGAGACGGACGAGGGCGCCGCCGCCGAGAAGGGCGAGGACAAACGUCCGGCGACGAGGCGCGCGCCUGUCCAUGGGGGCGAAAGAGUGCAAGCGUCAGACAAGACAGCGCUGCCGCAGAAAAGGAAAAAGACGGACCACACCGCCGAGAGGGAUGAGGACAAACGUCCGGCGACGAGGCGCGCGCCUGUCCAUGGGGGCGAAAGAGUGCAAGCGCCAGACAAGACAGCGCUGCCGCAGAAAAGGAAAAAGACGGACCACGCCGCCGAGACGGAAGCCGUUCAAAGCGCCAAGCGGCAAAGGGACACCCCCGUCAAUGGGUCCGCACGGGAUUCCCGGACAGGGCGGCAAAAAGCCGAGCUGCUCAAAGCCGAGAGGCUGAAACGCCAGCACCUGCGCAAGCUUCUCGGGGCGGCCGAGGAGCCGGACAAGGAGGAGGAGCCCGAGGAGGAGCCCGAGGAGGAGCCCGAGGAGGAGCCCGAGAAGGAGCCCGUUUGGCAGGAGGCCAAGGAUGCGCCGGAGGACCGCUCCAGCAGGUUGCGCCGGCGCAUGGAGCAGCGCCUGGAGGCGGCCCGCUUUCGCCACAUCAACCAGUUACUGUACUGCAGCAGCAGCGGCGAGGCCAAGCGCAUGUUCCAGCAGGACCCGCCGGCCUUCGGGAUCUACCACCGGGGCUUCGCGGAGCAGGUGCGGCGCUGGCCCGCCAACCCCGUGGACGCCAUCAUCGACUACAUUCAGCGCAGGCCUCCGGCGCUGGUGGUGGCCGACUUUGGCUGCGGCGACUGUAAGAUCGCGCUCAGCGUCAAGAACAAAGUGCACAGCUUUGACUUGGUGGCCCUCUGCGACCUGGUGACAGUCUGCGACAUGGCCCACGUGCCACUGCAGGACAGGUCGGUGGACAUCGCCGUCUUCUGCCUGUCGCUGAUGGGAACCAACCUGGCCGCUUUCCUUGCCGAGGCCAACCGGGUCUUGAAAAGAGGGGGCAAGCUGAAAAUCGCUGAGGUGGCGAGCAGGUUCGACAACGUGAGGAACUUCCUCAUGGCGCUGACUAGGCUGGGAUUCAAGUUGGAGUCUAAGGAUACAGAGAACACUCAUUUCUACACGUUCGACCUCAUCAAGACGGGCGCCGCGCCGCCAAACGUCAAGAAUUUCGGCUUGCAGCUGAAGGCCUGCUUGUACAAGAAGAGAUGAUUUGUUCUAGAGUCACGUUUAACAACGCAUUUGCUCAAAAUGAGGAUUUCCUUUGACAAAGGUUUUAGCGUGGACGUGUGUGUACAGUUGUUCAAAUAUAAACACGUUUUCUGUGUUGUUUUUAAUCAUUGUUUUUGUAUGCAAUUCCUUCAACUCUCGAAAAUGAUGUGAAAU